AUGCAAUUAUUCAUAGAUAAGUUCUUUCCAAAGAAACAAUUACAAAAAUUAAGUGAUUUACCAAAAUAUACGCCUUUACAAUCAUAUCGAUGCAUUCAUAUUGAUGAAUUAACAGUACCAUCAAAUAUCAACGAAUUAAUUCGUAAUGCAGCACGAUCAACAAAAUUUACAUUGUUUUGUUCCAAUGUUUAUUGUGAAGAAAAUGAUUAUAUUCAUUUAGAAAUCAUACGAGAUUCAUUUUCUUCAAUGGCGUCAAUUAGACGUUCAAUGGAAUAUCCACCUGAUGUACUUGAACAAAUCCAACAAUUAUUUCGUAUCGUCAUGGAUUCAUCAAAUCGUGUUCAUAUCUGGGGAAAUAUCAGCAAUAUGGUUUCUAUAUUAGAAAAAUAUGAAUUUUUCUAUCACGAUGUGUCUCAACCUGUUCAUUAUAUUAAUCUACAGAGACAAUUCAAACAAUGGUAUAAUAGUGUAUUCCCACAUCAUUAUUAUUGCCAACAAAUUUUGAAUUAUAACACAAUUGAUGGUCCCUUAUGUUCGUGUUCAUAUCGUCCGUUAAAAUCUAUAAAUGAAGAAUGGGAUAUUAAUCAAGCUAUUGGAUAUACAUUUGCUGAAUAUCUUAAUAUGGAAACUGUGGAUAAUGUUACUAGUAAACAUAUUUGUUCAGCUAUUAGCACAUUAUCAGUUGUUCUUGAUCAACAAUGGACUCAUGAACAAGUUCAAAAUUAUAUACAGCAGCAUAACUAUAGUCGUAAAUUACAUGGAAAACAUUGA